GUAACUAUGAAACUUAUCUCCACGCACGCGUCUCCUUCUCAGUACAGAACUCUAGUUCUAGUUUGGAGACUCAAUACGAGGGUAAACACUUCAAAAGUGACCUCGGCGUAGGCACACGUGCUAAACUGAAAUGAUUGCUUGUGAAACGUAAUAUAUUCAAAAGCGAAAUGUUUCGAUCCUCAAAACGAAUUGCAAGACUUUGGACCAAUUCUACUUCGAUAAGUUCACAAGGUUGGCCAUGGAUCUACAGAACAGCAUCAAGUGUACACACGCAUAGGACCCCAAGAAAUUCAGAAAUAUUCAGACCUGUGAAAUUUGACAGUGCGUCUUCUGCCUGCCACCCUCUGUUAAUCUCUAGGAAUCUCAGUGUUACAAAGCAUUUAUUAGUUCCAGAAAAACCUGAUGUGAGGAGCAAAAAUUAUGAAAAAGAUUCAGUUAGUCAGAAGAAGCAAGAAGGGAGUAAUGUGAAGGACAGUGAAACAAUUUCAGAUGCCAAGGCAAACAAAAGUGUGUCUGAUUUUAACAUUGCAGAGGGAGGCAAGGGGAAGAGUAUCUCCCCAAAAUCUGACAGUGGUGCUAUAGAGGGAGAAAAUGGGAAGAGCCUAUCAAAAAAAUCAAGUGAAGGUGAUGCAGAGGGAGAUGAUGAGAAGAGCCUCACUUUAUUCCAGAGAUUUAAGAAAGUGUAUAAAACACAUGGAAAGGUGUUUAUUGUGGUGGAGGUCACCACUUCUAUUGGGUGGUUUGGGUUGUUCUAUGGCAUUGCUAAAGCGGGAUUGGACAUUGUGCCUUUACUGGAGUAUUUUAAUGCUUCGGAGUCCAUAAUGAAGCACUUUCGACCAGGGUCCAACUUGGGGGACAUAGCACUAGCUUUUAUUAUGUACAAACUUGUCGCUCCAGUUCGUUAUAUGGUUACUAUAGUAGGAACUCAGCAAGCCAUUAAGUAUCUCCGAAGGAAGGAAAGGAUACCAAAGAUGGAGGAUCAAGACAGGCUAAGGGCAAUGUUGAAGGAGGGAAGAGAGGAAUUCCGUGAAAAUUUCCAUGAAAUUCAGGAGCAGUUUAAACAUUACCGUGAAAACAGGAAGCUGGGGCUGAAAAAAGACAGGCAAAAAAGUUUGAUCAAUAUGAGGACUAGGCUUACCAAUCUUUUGCACGAGAGGCGACAAAAGAGGUUGGAGCUAGCAGAAGCAGAAAAGGCUAAACAUGAUGGGAAGGAGGAUGAAGAGCAUGAAGCCGAAAAGUUGAUGGAGGAGAUCAAGAGAGAGGAAGAAAUGUUGGAAGAUGGGCCUCAUGAGCAAGCAGAUGACAGCACUUGCAAAGACCUUGAGCCACAGGGUAGUGAUGAGCAACUCCAGGGUGCAGACCUCGACACAAAAAGUGAAGAACAAGUGAGCAGGGAUAGUCAUAUCAAGAGGAACUCCUAAAUGUCUGCGGAACCAAACUAAAAACUAAUAUUUGAAUUAAAUCAGUCUAGUCCAAUUUAAUAAGGCUGACUGUUUGUCUUGGUUUGUAACUUAGGCCCAGGUUGAUCAUGACUGUCCAACAGUAUGUGAUUAGUGUCAAUGUAGUGCUUGAUUCAAGCCAGAAUGAGUUGUAACAGACAGGGUUUACUCAUGUACUGGUUCUCUGCUUGUGGAGCAUAGCUAGAUGUGAACACCAUGCAAUCAGAUGUUGGAACUCUGCUCAUUUGGGCGAGUUUGGCAAAAGGACUGUAGCUCAAAAUUUGAUUUAAAGUUUUAGUCUAGGACCAAAAUUGGGUCUCUUAGCUUGAGGUAAAAGGUGCCCAUAUUACAAUGUAGUCCACACAAAUAAGUACAAAAUUUGGCAGAUAUUUGUAUUUAUAACACAGGCAAAGUAUUUCUGAAUUAUUCAAAAUGGCUACCACCAAUUCAUAUUUUGCCAAAGUGGACAAAAUAACAGUUUAAAAGUUGAGGUCAAUUUUCCAGCUUAUUAAGAAGUUUUUUUGUAAAAACAAACCCCAAAUGAUUAUGAAUGGUGUUGGGCAACUUUGACUAUAAAUUCUACGGUCAAAAGCUGUAUACUUUGAAGCAAGCCUUGUGCUUUAUUUGCUCACUAAUCUUUGGUGUUAUUAAUAUAUUCACUUUGUCACAAGAAUUAUAUGUACAUCUAAGGUGAUAUUUUUUUUAAACAGUAGUACCCUUUUUGAAAUAUUCUGUCAAUUUCAAAUGAUGUCUUUUAUACAAUUGUCAAGUUAUUCCAUGUUUUAAGGAAGUUUGAAAGGAGGCAUCUUUUAUACAAAUUUUAAAUCUUCCCAUGUUUGGCAAAAUUUUACAAUAAUUGUUGCAUUUUAUUUCAGAUCUUUCAGAUUGGAGCUAUUUAAACAUCCAUUAUCAAACAAACUUAUUUUCUGUUAGUGAAAAUUGUACCUACUUUGAUGCAAUAUGGAUAGUAGUCUGCUUUAACCAAGGUUUCCUUCAACAAGGGAAUUAAUUCAGCAGAGUUUUUUUUCUCAGUUAGUAAGAUUAGUUUCAUGCAUUAUCUUCAGACUUGAAAUGCAAUCAUAUCCAGCUUUUAGUCCUAUAUGUUAUUUGCCACAUAUAUUUGUUCCAUGUAACGUAUAUGUUUACCUUCUGAAAGUGAAAUAAGAGAAAGAUAAGAUUAUCCA